UUUGAGCCUAUUUUUGAGAUGAAAUAUACCAUUUUUAUUGGGAAUAAUCCACAAUAUUACUUUAAAAUAAGUCAUUUGAGUUUUGGAAAACUGAACUGAAGAUGAAAAGGUUGUGAAAUAAUCUAUUUUUAUUAUGGUUGUAUCUUCGGCCAUUCUUUUCUGUAAAAUACAUUAUUCAGUUUCUUCUUCAAUCACAUGUAUUGUACAUAUUUUUGGAGAGAUUAGUUUUUUGCCCAGGGAUCAAAACAUAUUUUUAUUCUUUAUAGUUUCGUUGUAUGUUGAAUUGUUUACUCUUUUGAUUUUCUUAUGAAUUUUUAUAAUUCUUAUGAACAUUUAUAAUAUUUACUAGCGUAUGAGCUUCUUUACCUCUAGUAGUGAAGACAAUUUAAUUUAAAGAAAAAUCUAAAUUUGGAAUCUGCAAAAUUAUUUUUAUGAUACUCUUAUAAAAAGUAUCUUACUAACUUGGCAACACUGGGUAUGGGUAAAGUAAUUAAUAAAUUUGACUUUAUUGAUUGGUGAUGUUUACCAUGUGCUUUGUACAAUAAUUAUAAUUUUUACGAAAUAAUAAGAAUGGCCCUUGAAAAAGGAAUAGCUCAUAGACCUGGUGCUUACAAGCAGACCAAUAAAGAACAUAAACAUGGAAGACACCGCUCAAAAGGAUCGAUAAGCGUAUCAACAAAAGGAAAGGUUUCAGUUAAAAACCUGUCUAAACGUAAUAAAAGAGAACUAAAUAGAGGCGAAAGGCGGAAUCAGGCGGUACAAAUUAGACAAAACAAGAGAGAUGAAGUUCUGUCUAAAAAACGAUCUCUUGGAGGUCUGGAUUUUGCCCCUUUUUUAGUAUGCGUUGUACCAUUAAAUAAAGAUAUAGACCCUAAUACGGCAUUAACGUUACUUUGUCAAUGCGAUGAAGAAGCGAUAAUAUCCAAAUCUUCAACAGGAGCCACCCAUUUAAGUGUACCAAGAUUUAAACAGAGGUUUGAAUUUGUUGUUCCUGAUAGAGAUCAUGAUUUUGCUAUAUUAGAUACCUUAAAAGUAGCAGAUACUGUACUCUUUUUGAUAUCAGCUGCAACAGGAAUUGAGGACAGUGAAGUUGUUAUUGAUAAUUGGGGAAAUUCUAUAUUAUCGUCUUCAUUUGCACAGGGUUUGCCAACUCCUCUAGUUGUUAUUACUGAUCUAGAGAGCAUUGUACCAAAGAGGAGGAAUGACCACAAACAACAAAUUCAAAAAUUAGUAAACAAAUGGUUGCCUGACGAGAAAGUUUUAGUGAUGGAUAAAUACGUGGAUGGAGUCAAUGUUUUACGGAAAAUUGGAAGUCAAAAAAGAAAAUCGGUAUUGUAUAGAGACCGAAGACCACAUAUUUUUAGUGAGAGAAUUGAGUAUGUUCCAGAUGCGGAAGGGACUCUAGGAACUUUAAAAAUUAGUGGUUAUCUAAGAGGUACUGCACUAUCUGUAAAUCAGCUGGUUCAUAUUCCCGGAUUAGGAGAUUUCCAGAUGUCUCAGAUUGAUGCUCCAAACGAUCCUUUUAAACAUGAAAAGAAAAGUAGAGAUACAAACACAAUGGAAUCAGAAGAGCAGCAAGUGAUCCGUGUACUUGAACGGAGUGAUCCAUUGAAACAAGAAUCUCUGGAUGCCGAGAAUGUGCCUGAUCCAAUGGAUGCAGAGCAGACGUGGCCAACUGAAGAAGAAAUGGAGGCUGCAGAUAAACAACAAAAGCUAAGAAAAGUGAAGAGAGUUCCCAAAGGAUGGUCAGACUACCAAGCAGCAUGGAUUCCUGAAGACGAUGCCGAAUUUCAGGAACACAAUUCGGAUGAAGACGAAUCCGACUCAGACGAUGAAUACAUGGACGCCAUGUCGGAGGAAAAAUCCGACGUUUCUGGAGACGAAGGAGAAGAUAAAGACUUUGCUUCGGUAACCGAGUCGGAAGUGGCUGUGAAUGACGACAAAUAUGAUAAAGAAAUGGAUUUGUAUGCCGAAAAGCAGGAGUUGGACAAACUGAAGGCAGCUAAAAGUGACAGGGAGUUUCCGGAUGAAAUCGAUACACCUUUUGAAGUGCCUGCCAGAGAGAGGUUCCAGAAAUAUAGAGGACUAGAAAGUUUCAGAACGUCACCUUGGGAUCCUAAAGAAAAUCUUCCAAGCGACUAUGCAAGGAUAUUUCAGUUCCAAAACUUUGACAGAACCAAAAAGAGAGUCCUAAGCGAACAAGAUGACAAAGAUGGCGCUUUGCCUGGUUGGUAUAUUACAGUUCACGUUAAGGCAGUUUCGCAGCUUCUUUGGGAGACUUUCCAAAAAACUAACGCACCUGUGACUCUGAUAGGUAUGUUUCCCCAUGAACAUAAGAUGUCAGUGCUCAAUGUUGUGCUAAGAAGGACCCAAAACUACAGUUUGCCGAUCAAAUCUAAAGAAAGGUUGGUGUUCCAGUGCGGAUACAGAAGAUUUGUUGUCAAUCCGAUUUUCAGCAGUCAUACCAACGGCCAAAAACAUAAGUUUGAAAGAUACUUCCAACCAGAUGCGACGGCAGUAGCGACAUUCUACGCACCUAUUCAGUUCCCUCCUGCGCCCGUUUUAUGUUAUAAAGAAGUAAAUAACAGGCUGGUUCUUGUGGCUACCGGUAGUUUACUCUCCUGCAAUCCAGACAGAUUGGUCGUGAAGAGGAUAGUGUUGUCAGGUUAUCCAUUUAAAAUCCACAAGAAAUCUGCUGUUAUUCGUUUCAUGUUCUUUAAUAGGGAAGAUAUCGUUUAUUUCAAACCCAUUAAACUAAGAACGAAAAUGGGGAGAAGUGGGCAUAUUAAAGAACCACUAGGUACACACGGUCACAUGAAAUGCGUGUUUGAUGGCCAUCUGAAUUCUCAAGAUACCGUCUUACUGAAUCUAUAUAAAAGAAUAUUUCCAAAAUGGACCUACGAAGACUUCAUUGUUAGUUGUGCUGGUGACACUAUGGAAAAUUGAAUAAAUGAAGAGAUCGGUAUAGAGUUCUAUUUAUUUACAUAUGUAGGUUAUGUAAAAACAGAUUGAAAUAUAAGACCGUUUUCGAUAAA